AGUUAAAAGGAGUCAGGAGGGGGGAAAAGGGGGAGUGUUUCUUUUAAAAAGAGAGUGAGAUUGGAGAGGAGGACACAGGCACUCCAAACCCUGUCUGUGCUUGGUAUAUUAGGCAGCCAGUGCUCUUGGCUGUGAGCCCAGACGAGGCUUUUGUAAUCAAAACAUGAUCUUGUAUGCUGUGCAACCAGUGCUGAGAAAGGCCGUCUGAUGGCUCUCCUCUUUUAGCUCUGCUCUGGAAUCCGCCGGGCUGCGCCGAUGUCCAACAUGCACCGAGCUGAUGCUGCUGUGGAUGAUAUUGUGUUAAGGAAGAAAGAGCAGAAAGAUGUUGAACUCGAUAAGAAAAUCUUGGCCUUGCGGAAGAAGAAUGAAGCGCUGAUCCGAAGGUACCAGGAAAUAGAAGAGGACAAAAAGCGAGCAGAGCAGGAGGGAAUGGCUGUUACCUCCAGGAGACCCAAGCAGGAUGGACUGACUAUUACCAUCACCAAAGCUCACAACGACCUGAAAGAUGCAAUUACCCAGACUGAACACUAUGGACAAGAUAGCCCAGCCCUCUCGAUGGACAAAAGGGUGGUGAGUGAGAAAUGGGCAAGCCCCUGUCCUGCGAGCUCUGGGUUUGGCAUUGGCAGCGAGGAGGAGGAGGAGGAGGAGGAAGCAGAUCAUAUGUUCACAUUCAGGAUGGGGAAGAGGAUGCAGCUGGCUGUUACCAUGGACAACAAAGCAAAGGGCAAGCGGAUCGUCAGCGAGAAACGUGCUGAGAGCUUCCCCGGCCCGGGCCGGGUGCCGGAGCUGGGCGAGGAGGACACGGACCACUUGGUGGCUUUCCGGCGGGGCAGGAGGAUGCAGAUUGCCAUCACCAUGGAUAACAAGGAAAAGGCAGAGGAGCGGAGAACAGCAGAGAAGAGGAGAUCAGACAGUGACAGAGGCCCAGAAAGUGAACACGGCUGGAAGGAUGGUGGGAAGUCAGUGCAGAAGAGCCCUGGAGACCUGAGUUUCCCCAUGACUGGCCGGGAACGCUCGGAGUACAUGCGCUGGAAGAGGGAGAGGGAGCAGAUUGACCUGGAGCGCCUGGCACGGCACAAGAACGCCAAGGGCGAGUGGCGGCGGGCGUGGGAUGUGGAGAAGUCAGAGCACAUGUUUGAAGAGGACUUUGUUAAGGAUGGGGAGCCAGCCUUGGAUAAUCCCAGCAAUAAGAAAGGGGGAAGAAAUGCAAGGAAAUUUCAGCACAGGUCCUUUCCUGCCGAUGGCAGAGGCGGAGGACACCACGGGGUGAAUGUGAGCGACCCUGGCCUGAAGGCAGUGCCUGCCGUGAGCAGCCGUGCCAAGGGGAAGGACAGACUGACGGGCAGAGCCAGAAGGUGGGAUGCAAAAGAAGGCGAGGACAUGUCUUUUCUGAAGGAUGACCUUGAUGGCCAGAGGAGCCUCGGUGUGGACAAGCGGAAGAGCAGAGGAGAGGAGGGGGUGGAGGAGAACUGCACAGCUGAGCAGGAGGAGAAGGGGAAGCAGCCAAGCCUCCAGGAUCACGGGGCCUCCUCGGCCCAGCAGCUCCGAAGAGAAGGCGGGAAGGUCCAUCCUGCCCACAACGGGCAGAAGGAGGAGCGGAGGGGGGUGAAGGGCUGCAGCACAGAGGUGUCUGUGACCAGCACAGGGGACUCAGAGCCAGGGCCCAAGCCAAGCAAGGAAAGUGUUGGGGAAGAUGCCAAUGGGAAGCCUGGCACUGCUGACACCUCCCAGAAGAAGGAGAGCACUGGCAGCACUGCUUCUCCAAGCAGCCUCCCAAGCACUGUGCCAGCCACCAGUGAGGAGACUUUGUCCCUGCCCGUGGGAGCAAAUGUAGAUGGAGCUGGAUCAGAGAAAAACCCAGUUUCACAACAGGAGUCCUCCCAGGACUCCUCAAACUGCCACGGAGAACAGCUGGACACAGCAGCAGGAGACAGACUGGAUGCAGAUCAAGGACAGCUGGUGAACAGAGGAGAGGAGGAAGUGACCCAAAGCACUGCCCUGGAGGGGCAGGCACUUGCACUGAAAGGAGGAGAAGAUGCUGAAAGCAAUGAACACCAGGAGCCUUUGCCUCCAGGGAAAGCCAGCUCUGACAAGACUGUUGUGCCUGAGCAGGACACAGCAAAGGCCCAGUCCAGGGAAGGGGACCAGCCUGAGGACUGCAAGGACAAGGGCACUGGGGAUGCCCUCAACUAGCACAGGUUGCACCGGCUUGCCGGAGACAGAAGGAUAACGUGCUGGAGGCGGUGGAGGAGAAGAGAAGAGGAGCACAAGCUUGUCCUCGCUCUUUUACCUUCUAUGAAAUCAGCUUUCAGCACCUGCCCUGUGCCCAGCACCACCCCACUCACAGUUCUGGCAUCCCCCUUCCCUCUCCGUGUGCCAGAGGACAGGGAAGGGUGCCCACACUCGCACCCUACAGCAAAACACCAUCACUUAUCUCUUUAUUUGUUUGCCCUAUAUUGCAGCUGUGUGGCAAGCCAAGGAAAUGUCUAUUGGAUGCACUUUAUUUUAUUUAAUGACUAAUUCUGUGUAGAGUUAAGGUUUGGGUUUUGGGGCACGCCCCCCGUUUUCUGCCCUGGAGGCUGGAGGGACCUGCCCUUGUCGGGGCUGUGCCAAUGCCUGGAGCAGCAGGAAGGGGUGGCUUGUGAGGGUGUAGUUCAUAGGUGGGUGCAGAAAUAGCAUUCAGAGCUCUGGUACUAGAGGUUUGCAUGUGGUUGAAGUGUUGGCAGAGGUGUACAGUAGUGGCAGGGCUGUGGACGGACGGAUGGAUGGAGCACGGCCAUGGGGCACAGAGCUCCAUGUGCCAAGCACAGAUCCCCCCAGCACCUCCCCUGAACAGCCUCCAGCUCUCCCCUGCCAGAGGCUGAGAGCACAUCAAGACACCGCUGUGUGCCAAGG